AUGGCUACCAGAUCUAACGAAGCCGGCACUAAGAGAAAGCGGUCGAGGACACAGUCUCUCCCUCCGCCCGAGCUUCCCCGACUCAUCGCUGAGCAACAUGUCCCUAUUGCGUCGACAGACAAGGAUACGAAGCGGUUGAUCGUGGUACUCUCUAAUGCGUCCCUCGAGACAUACCGAGCCGCCCACAGCGGGAAGUCUGGGGCCAAGGAAGAAAAGUAUUCGCUGCUAAAUAGCGAUGAACAUAUCGGUGUCAUGCGAAAGAUGGGGCGAGACAUCAGUGAUGCUCGGCCGGAUAUCACGCAUCAGUGCCUGCUUACACUCCUGGACUCUCCCAUCAACAAGGCCGGCAAGCUCCAGAUCUACAUCCACACUGCAAAAGGCGUCUUGAUUGAAGUCAGCCCAACCGUCCGCAUUCCUAGAACAUUCAAGCGAUUUGCUGGUCUGAUGGUCCAACUCCUCCACAAACUGUCCAUCCGAUCAGUCAACUCGCAAGAGAAGCUUCUCAAAGUCAUCAAGAACCCUAUCACGGACCACCUGCCGCCGAAUUGCCGGAAGGUCACCCUGAGUUUCGACGCAGAAGUUGUCCGCGUCCGAGAUUAUGUCGACACCCUCGGAGCGACGGAGAGCAUCUGCGUCUUCGUCGGUGCCAUGGCCAAAGGCAAAGACGAUUUUGCAGACGCCUUCAAGGACGAAGCCAUCAGUAUUAGCAACUACAGUCUCUCAGCAAGUAUCGCCUGUAGCAAGUUCUGUCACGCUUGCGAAGACUCGUGGGGCAUAAUCUAA